AUCAGAAGUUGCAGAAGGCAAAGGAGGACUACUACUAAUACUUGGAACUUGGAACUUGGAAGAAGCUAUCGUGCGCAUCUUAUAAGAAAUUUCCGCCGGGAAGAAAGAAAAGUCUCUGCCCUCUCUUCUUAAGCCUACAGCUUCCGCCAACCAUACGUACAAACAAGAUAGACACAAUCCUCCGUACCUCCUCCUUCUAUCUUCAUCGAAAGAUUCAACCACACUCAAGUCUUCUGUCUCUCUUUUGGAAAAAAAUAAGAAGUUUGUGUGUGGGAGAAAUAGCGUAAUGAGCUGCUUUGGUUGUUGUGGUGGUGACGAUUUUCGUAGAGUUGCUGAAACUGGUCCUAAGCCAGUCUACGGCGCAGGAGGUCACGGUGGAGGUCACCAUCCAAGGGCAGACCCACCCAAGAACACGCCAGUCAUUCAGAUGCAGCCUAUCUCCGUGCCGGCUAUUCCAGCUGAUGAGUUGAAGGAUAUAACUGAUAACUACGGUUCAAAGUCCUUGAUUGGUGAGGGCUCUUAUGGAAGAGUGUUUUACGGUGUUCUUAGAAGCGGUAAGGCAGCUGCUAUUAAGAAACUUGAUUCCAGUAAGCAGCCUGAUCAAGAGUUUCUCGCACAGGUAUCAAUGGUUUCGAGAUUGAGACAAGACAAUGUUGUUGCACUUCUGGGAUAUUGCGUUGAUGGCCCACUCCGUGUUCUUGCUUAUGAGUUUGCUCCUAAUGGAUCUCUUCAUGAUAUUCUUCAUGGUAGAAAAGGAGUGAAAGGAGCACAGCCAGGACCUGUUCUGUCGUGGAACCAGAGAGUUAAAAUUGCUGUUGGUGCGGCUAGGGGACUCGAGUACUUGCAUGAGAAGGCGAACCCGCAUGUUGUCCACCGAGACAUCAAAUCCAGCAAUGUGCUUCUGUUUGACGAUGACGUUGCCAAGAUUGCUGAUUUCGAUCUCUCCAACCAAGCCCCUGACAUGGCUGCUCGCCUUCACUCAACUCGUGUGCUGGGAACCUUUGGUUAUCACGCUCCAGAGUAUGCAAUGACAGGGACAUUGAGCACAAAGAGUGAUGUCUAUAGUUUUGGAGUUGUUCUGCUAGAGCUCCUCACAGGUCGUAAACCAGUUGAUCAUACCUUACCACGAGGACAGCAGAGUCUCGUGACAUGGGCAACUCCUAAACUGAGUGAAGACAAGGUGAAGCAGUGCGUUGAUGCAAGACUAAACGGAGAAUAUCCUCCCAAAGCUGUUGCCAAGCUGGCUGCUGUAGCUGCGCUAUGUGUGCAAUAUGAGGCAGACUUCAGGCCAAACAUGAGCAUAGUGGUGAAGGCUCUUCAGCCUCUCCUCAAUCCUCCUCGCUCUGCUCCUCAAACUCCUCACAGGAACAAUCCUUAUUGAUGUCCUCCAAUCUGAUGCCACGCUUCUUCAUCAUAUCACUUAUUUCAUUUGUUUUUGUUUGAAUACAAUUUGUGUAAAUUCGUGAAAAUAGGCUUUUUAUUUCUCAUAAAAAAACCUGAAAGUCUCACUUCCAAACCUGAAUGUUGCUCUAUUUGUUUAUGUUAUUUCAUGCCUGCGAUGUAAGUUUCUACUAAUUAAUACAAUAUGCGAGGAAUGGAUAUUCAUAAUAUACUCA